GGGGGCGCAGCUGGCCGGGGGAGUUUCACCAAGGUAUCCAUCUGUACCGAAGGCAAUGUGCAGCGGUACGAAUCGCAGGUGGGUACGUACCCAUCCAGAGCAAUGGAUUGCUGCUCGCUACCUGAAUUGCAGUGGGUUGGCAGCAGCAGCAGGCGGGCGGCAGCACCCACUUCGUCUUCCCGUUAGUUCGUUAUUUUGGAAGGGCCCGCCAGCAACAGCUCCCAGCUAUCUUAUUACACCGAAUCCUCCCCUUUUGGAUCACCAAGAGAUCGCAGGUUACGUCGCUUUUCCCUACGCAGCAUUGCAUAUCGUCUGCCUCUUUCUUUCCCGACCCCUUCCCCUCCUCCCUCCCGCCACCCGGGUCUUCCAAAUCAUACAUCAUCCUCAAUGGCGGGCCGCUUUGUGCGAGCGUCGAAAUAUCGACACGUCUUUGGCAAGCCGACCCGGAAGGAGUUCUGCUACGAUAAUCUUCACAUCAGCCGAAAUGCCUGGGAUACCAACUUAGUGAAGGCCAACCCCGACUAUCUCUCCGUCAAUUGGGAUGCCGGCGGCGGCGGCGCUUUCGCUGUCAUCCCCCUUGGCGAGAAGGGAAAGGUGCCCGACCAGAUCCCGCUGUUUCGAGGCCAUACCGCCACCGUCUUGGAUACCGACUGGAACCCCUUCAACGACCGCGUGAUUGCUUCUGGAUCUGAGGAUGGAAAGGUCUUCCUCUGGCAGGUUCCCGAGAACUUCACCCUCUAUACCGAUGCCGAUGAGCCCGCCGACGUCUCUCCCGUCAGCAAGCUCGCUGGCCACUCCAGAAAGGUCGGCCAGGUCCAGUUCAACCCCGCUGCGGAAAACAUUCUCGCGUCCGCAUCCGGCGACUUCACGAUCAAGCUCUGGGACAUCACCACCGGCUCGCCCACCCACACGCUGAAGCACAACGACAUCGUCCAGAGUCUGUCGUGGAACGCCAGCGGCUCCAUGUUGGUCACGACAUCCCGCGACAAGAAGAUCCGCGUGUGGGAUGUGCGCGCCGAGAAGCCGGUCCACGAGGCCCCUGGCCACCCGGGCGCCAAGAACAGCAGAGCCGUCUGGAUGGGCGAGCACAACCGUUUCGCCACGGCCGGUUUCUCGCGCAUGAGCGAGCGUCAGCUUGCGCUGUGGGAGCCUGGUCGCAGUGAGCCGAUUGGAGGCUUCAGCAUGCUGGACUCCAUCUCUGGUGUCAUCAUGCCUUUCUGGGAUGACGGAUCCAACUGCUUGUAUCUUGCUGGCAAGGGCGACGGCAAUAUCCGAUACUACGAGUACGAGAACGACAAGUUCGAAUACCUGAGCGAGUACAAGUCUGCCGAGCCCCAAAGAGGCAUUGCUUUCGUUCCCCGUCGUGGCAUCAAUGUGCACGAGAACGAGGUCAUGAGAGCCUACAAGACGGUCAACGACAGCUACAUUGAGCCCAUCUCCUUCACCGUUCCCCGUAGAGCCGAAACCUUCCAGUCCGAUAUCUUCCCCCCUGCUACUGGCCUCAAGCCUGCCGUUAGCGCCAAGGAUUGGCUCGAUGGCAAGACUGGCAUUCCCUCCAAGAUCGACUUGGAGAGUGUGUAUGAGGGUACCGCGCCGAAGGAGGUUGCCUCUGACUACAAGCCUCCCGUGAUCGCCUUGGCUCCUCCUCCGGCUGCAAAGCCUGCGCCAAAGCCCACCCCCGCUCCGGAGCCCACUCCGGAGCAGCAGGCCUCCAUGUCCAACAUGGCUAACAAGUUCAAGGACGACGAGCCUGCUGAGCCUGAGGAUGAGGACGACAACUCAAGCUUCGAGGAGGUACAAAGACCAGCCCAGCGUGCCGCAGCCCCUGCUGCAGCUCCUGCUCCUGUCCGUGCCGAGCCGGCUAAGAUUCCCUCCCCUAUCAAGGCCGCCUCCCCUGCUCAAGUCAAGUCGCCUCCCGCACAACAGUCCCCUGUCAAGCCUGCAUCUGCCAACUCACCUGCAUCCUCGACGCACAUUGAGUCAUCUCUGGAUCAGAUCAGACAGAUGCUCGAGCAGCAGACCAAGCUUAUUGGCAAGCAGAACGACAAGAUUAGCAAGCUGUCGGACGAAGUUGAGGGGCUGAAGCGCAAGGUGAACGCCGGCGGGUCUCAGGACCAGAGCGAGAGGAUCAGACAGUUGGAGCUGGAACUUGAGGCCGCGCGGUCUUAG